AUGGUAUGCCACAGUAACGCGGAGUGCAUGAAAAGGAUUGACGGGACCGCCAUGUGCAUGUGCAAAAAUGGAUUCAGUGGGAAUGGAGUCCAAUGCAGUGACAUCAAUGAGUGUGUCAUCAUUCCUAACCAGUGCCACAGCAAGGCAACCUGUGUGAACACUCUGGGAAGCUACAACUGCCUGUGUACGUCUGGCUACACCGGCAACGGAUUUGCAUGUGAUGACAUCAACGAAUGUCUGUCAGAGAAUGGCGGGUGUCACAGCGAUGCCAUCUGCACCAACACAGCGGGAGGCAGAACCUGCAGCUGUAGACCUGGCUUCACUGGGAAUGGGUUUAUAUGCAAUGACGUGAACGAGUGCUCCAAAAUAGGGAUAUGCCACUGGUAUGCAACAUGUGACAACACACCAGGUUCCUACAUUUGCACUUGCAAUAAAGGGUUUAAGGGCAAUGGAAAUUAUUUGUGCUUGGACAUCAAUGAAUGUGCUGAGGUGCCAGGAAUCUGCUCAGCAGCCUUCGGAUAUCAAGGAUGCAAGAACCAGCCUGGCUCUUACACAUGUUCGUGUGCCCAGGGAUACCAGAACAAUGGAAAUACCUGCACUGACAUCAAUGAGUGUGAAAUCAACUUCUGCAGUCCGUUUUCAAGCUGCAUCAACCUUCCCGGCUCUUACAGCUGCACCUGCAAACCUGGCUAUAGUGGAAAUGGCUUGACAUGCGUAGACAUUGAUGAAUGCACUGGAGCAAAUGACUGCCACCCUAAAGCCAAGUGCAUCAACUUUCUGGGGAGCUAUAACUGUUCCUGUUAUCCAGGGUAUUUGGGCAAUGGAGUCUCCUGUAUAGAUAUCAAUGAGUGCUCUGUAGCAAGCAUGUGCCCCGCUGAAGCCAAGUGCAUCAACACUGAUGGCUCCUACCGGUGUGACUGCAGUCAAGGGCUUGCCUUCAAUGGCAGCAACUGUGAAGACAUUGACGAGUGUGCUCUUAGCCGCUGCAGCCAGCAUGCAACUUGCUUGAAUCUCCCCGGCUCCUUUUCGUGCAAAUGCAACAGUGGGUUCAGCGGGAUUGGCACCAGGUGUGACGACAUUGAUGAAUGCCUGGUAAACAACGGGCAAUGCCACUCUGAAGCUACUUGUAACAACCAGAUUGGUGCGUACACAUGCACCUGCAAAACAGGUUUCUCUGGUGAUGGGGUUUACCAAUGCAUGGAUGUAGAUGAAUGCAAAGUUGACCAUGGCGGCUGCCUUAACAAUGCCACUUGUACAAACACUUUAGGGUCCUUUUUAUGCCGGUGUGCCGGUGGAUUUCAGCUUAUCAAUGGUACCAUCUGCCAAGACAUUGAUGAAUGCGUAACAGGUUCUGGGCCUUGCCAGUCUAAUGAACAGUGUGUUAACAGCCCAGGCUCCUAUCAAUGUCUGUGCAAAAGGGGCUUUUCCAAAGCAAAUGGAAUAACUUGCAUGGAUGUAGACGAAUGCCUCGGUAAACCGUGUGAUGCCAACGCUAUUUGCAGCAAUUCGUUUGGUUCAUUUACCUGCACCUGCAAUGCUGGGUUUGCAGGACAAGGAUCCAUAUGCACAGAUAUUAACGAAUGUAACCUCACCAGUGUUUGCCACUCAGACGCCACCUGCAGUAACUUUCCAGGAAGCUACCUGUGCAAGUGUUUAGAAGGAUUCAAUGGAGACGGGCAUCUGUGUACAGAUGUAAAUGAA